GAGAGCCCGGCGGACGGGGCGGGCGCGCGCACGCAAGGGGGCAAGGCGCGGCCCCGCGGCAGUGCGUGCGCGCUCCCUUUCCCCCCCUGCCUUCCCCUCUCUCUCUCUCUCCUCUCCUCUCCGCCGCGCUCGGUCGUUUCUUCCCCCCCUUUGUGAGGCGCUCGGAGUGGCCCGGACGUCGCUGACUCGCCAUGGCCGACGAGAAGCCCAAGGAAGGAGUGAAGACUGAAAACAAUGACCACAUUAAUCUGAAGGUGGCAGGGCAAGAUGGGUCUGUGGUGCAGUUUAAGAUUAAGAGGCAUACACCACUUAGUAAACUAAUGAAAGCCUAUUGUGAACGACAGGGGUUGUCAAUGAGGCAAAUCAGAUUCCGGUUCGAUGGGCAGCCAAUUAAUGAAACAGACACACCUGCACAGUUGGAAAUGGAGGAUGAAGAUACAAUUGAUGUGUUCCAGCAGCAAACAGGAGGAGUUUACUAAAAAUAAAAAUUAAAAAAAAGAACCUGCUACUUUCCUCUCCAGAACUGUGCUCCCACAGGCGACACAUUCACAAUUAGAAAAAUGAGACUUGGUUCAGCCACAUCCUGACUACUGCAGUAUAGUUUUCUCUCUUCUCUCUCUGAUUUUUUUUUCCUUUUCCUUCUAUUGUACAUAAAGUAACUGGUGUAUGUGCACAGACAUAAUGCAUAUUUUUUUUAACUAAAUGGCCAAUGGUAUGUUUUGAUCAACAUUUAAUGGAGAUGGGGUGGGAAAACAAACUGGUUCUGUGAAAAUGCCCCUUUCUCCAUUAGUGGCAUGCUCCUUCUACUUUUAUCUUUAUAUUCCAGUAAGUUAUUUUGCUCUCACUGUUUAAAAACAAAAACCUUGCAUACCUUGUUUGAUUGGAUAAUUUCAAUGUUUUUCUUUUAUCAUUGUAAAACCAAGGACAAUUUUAUAACUUUUUUGUACGUAGCUGUUACAUGUAGAGCAAUCUCUGUCUAAGUAGGGGUAAAUUACUCUUUAAAAAAAAAAAAAAAUCCUAGAUAGUUUUCCCUUCAAGUAAAGCGUCUUGUUGUUUAAAUAAACUUCUUGUUUAAAAUAA